UCGAGCCAUCCCAUUGCGCUGCUGUUCCUGAUUCUGUUCAAGAGCGGAGCCCUGGCGCUGUACCUGCUGGGCAAUUUCUUCACCGACAAUUUCAUUCUCAUCUUUGUCCUGUGCGUGCUGACGCUGGCGGUGGACUUUUGGACCGUGAAGAACAUCUCGGGGCGGCUGCUGGUGGGACUGCGGUGGUGGAACGAGGUGCGCGAGGACGGCACGAACGAGUGGAUAUUCGAGUCGCGCGAUCCGUCGUUCCCGGUGAAUGCAAGCGACUCGCGCAUGUUCUGGGGUGUGCUAUAUGUGACGCCCGUGGUGUGGUCGCUUCUGGCCAUCGUGGCCUUUUUCAGCCUAAGGUUCCAAUGGCUACUUAUUGUCAUUAUUGCCGUGCUGCUGAGCUCGGCCAACCUGAUCGGCUACCAGCGCUGUGACAAG